UGAGCCUCGCGCGCGUUCGGUUCGCAAACGCAGUCGAACGAGAAAUAAGAAUUAAUGCUAUAGUAAUAACGGUAACGGUUGCGCCAACGGUAACGGCCACGGACUUGUUGUAUUGUUUUUGUGUAACUUUACGCUAUUUGCAUUUGACGAAAACUUUUUUCGCCGUCUCUCCGUCACUGCUGCUGGCCACCCACAAAUUAUUUAUGUAUUGUCCGCGUCGUGUGUGUUGUGUGAGUGAGAUAGCAACAACAGCAAAGGGAGGCACACAUCGAAUGCCUUGCUAAGUGAUCUGAUCGUUUGUGCGUGUAUGCCGUGCAGGUGUGAGUGUGUGCAUGUGUGAGUGAUUUUUUCUCCUUAUCUUAUUCUCUAUUGAUGCCAAAAAAAUAAAAAAUUAAAUAAUAAUAAAAAGAAAACACUGUGAAAUUUAAUACUAAGCGUGCCGCAUAAAAGUUUUGUGUCCAUGCAGUGAAUGCAACAACAACAACAACAACGAAAGGAACAACAACAACAAUAAUCAACCAAAAAGUUUAGUGUUGUCAAAAGUUUUGAUGACUUUUCGCAUAAAAUAUGUUGGAAAACAUUUACAUCUCGGGCAGUAAAGUGUUAAAGAGCCUUAAAAGGACCCCCGUCGAAGUGCUCAAAGCGUAGUAGCUGCGACGGUAGCUACCGAAUCUGACAUGGCAAUUGCAAUAAAUUGCAAUUGAAAUUGAAAUUGACAUAUUGAUAGAUUGAAGGCGAUUGGAGAGGGGACGACGCGCAUACGCCAAGGCGCCAAGGUGUAAGCCUGGUGCAAGAUAUUCGCCAAUCUGUGGACGCGCCUACGUUCGCCACGGCCCAAUCGGGCCAGUGGUGGCGGCUAUCUGCUGACGGGGACAAGUGCGGCGCGCGAGGAUGAGCUGCUGGGCGUGACAGGUGGACGAAGGAAGCGGCUUGACAAAGUGCCCGAUGAUUGGAGGCAAACCGAUGAUGCUAGAGCGGCAGCAGCUGCUGCCAAUGGUGCUGCGGCACCUGCCACACCGGCCGUUGCUGUUGCUGUUGCUUCAGUGCCAGCUGCUGGCAACGAGUGCUUAAUUAAUGUGACGGACUUUAGUGAUUUUCAAGAGGCAACUGAAACUGAGCGGCAGAUCGAGCAGCCGGUCGCUGUAUUGCAAGUGCCAAGCAUAACGACCACAAACAUCAACAACAACAACUUGAGCAACAACAACAACAACAUUAACAACAACAACAACAACAACAACAGUAGUAGCAACAACAACAACAACAAUACCAACAACAACAUGUCACGCAUUUUACAGCCUCGUUAUCGUUUUCGUGAUCUGCUGCUGGGCGAUUUCUCAUUCAACGAUGAUGGCGAAAGAGUGCGCGUGGAGUACUAUGUGAAUGAAAACACAUUCAAAGAAAGACUGCAACUCUAUUUCAUUAAGAAUCAGCGUUCAAGCUUACGCAUACGAAUUGCCGAUUUAUUCCUUAAGUUACUGUCGUGUGUUCUCUACAUAAUACGUGUGAUAUUGGAUAAAAAUCCAACAUUUAUAACAUGCUAUGGCUGCGAAGUGGCCAAUAAGACAGAGUUUAUCAUCUCUGCCAAGCUGACGGAGGAGGAGUUCCAGGAGAAUCCAAUUAUUAACUGGGAUGCAAUACUCUGGGUGAAUCGACCCACUGUCCUCUGGGUGCUACAAUUACUUCUAGCCAUGGUGUCGUUAACUCAAUCUUUGGUUCUAACAUAUCUAGGCUAUAAGGGCAACAUAUGGCAGCAAAUACUCUCAUUUCACUUUAUACUAGAAUUAGUAACGACAAUACCCUUUGCACUAACGAUUGUGCAUCCGCCGCUGCGCAAUCUCUUCAUUCCAAUAUUCUUAAAUUGUUGGCUGGCCAAGCGUUCGCUGGAGAACAUGUUUAACGAUUUGCAUCGUGCCAUGCAAAAAUCCCAAUCGGCUUUGUCACAACAGUUGACCAUUUUGUCGGCCACAUUGUUGUGUCUGGUGUUCACCAGUGUUUGUGGUAUACAGCACUUUCAGCGCGCAGGGCAUCGCCAUUUGAAUCUAUUCCAGAGCACCUACUAUGUGGUUGUGACCUUUUCCACAGUGGGCUACGGCGAUUUUGUGCCGGACAUUUGGCCAUCACAGCUGUAUAUGGUCAUCAUGAUUUGUGUGGCACUGAUUGUGCUGCCCACGCAGUUUGAGCAAUUGGCCUUCACCUGGAUGGAACGACAGAAACUGGGCGGCAGCUACUCCUCGCAUCGAGCGCAGAGCGAGAAGCAUGUGGUUGUCUGCUCAACUACGCUGCACGCGGAUACGAUAAUGGACUUUCUGAACGAGUUCUAUGCGCACCCAUUGCUGCAAGACUUCUAUGUGGUGCUGCUCAGUCCCAUGGAGCUGGACACAACGAUGCGAAUGAUAUUGCAGGUGCCCAUUUGGGCGCAGCGCGUCAUCUACAUUCAGGGCUCCUGCCUGAAGGACGGCGACUUGGCACGGGCGCGCAUGAACGAGGCGGAAGCCUGUUUCAUACUGGCUGCUCGCAACUAUGCGGACAAAACGGCGGCCGAUGAGCACACCAUACUACGGUCCUGGGCCGUCAAGGACUUUGCGCCGAAUGUGCCGCAAUAUGUACAGAUAUUCAGACCGGAGCACAAGCUGCAUGUGAAGUUCGCCGAGCACGUGGUCUGCGAGGAUGAGUUCAAGUACGCCCUGCUGGCCAACAAUUGCACCUGUCCCGGCGCCAGCACGCUGGUCACCCUUCUGCUGCACACAUCGCGAGGACAGGAAGGUCAACAGUCGCCGGAGGAAUGGCAUCGUCUCUAUGGUAAAUGUUCCGGCAACGAGAUUUAUCACAUUGUGCUGGGGGACAGUCGCUUCUUCGGGGAGUACGAGGGCAAAAGUUUUACCUAUGCCAGCUUUCAUUCGCAUCGCAAGUAUGGUGUCGCUUUGGUGGGCGUGCGUCCGGCCGAGCUGCCAGAAUUCUAUGAGGAUACCAUACUACUGAACCCUGGGCCCAGGCACAUCAUGAAAAAGGAUGACACGUGCUAUUAUAUGAGCAUUACCAAGGAGGAGAAUUCGGCAUUUGUCGUUAAUCAAAAUCAAACUACGGAUACGACAACGGCAGCCGGUGGUGCUGGCAGCAGUGGUGCUAGCGCCACCACACAUCACGCACAUGCAGCAACUGCGAAUACAACAACAACAUCAACAACAAAACAAUCAACAACAACAACAACAACCAGAACAAUACCAACAACAAUUAGCACGACUCUCACAUCAUCAACAUUAUUAUCAGCAUCAGCAUCAACAACAACAACAGCAACUGCAACAGCAAUCGCUUUGAAUCAAUCGACGAUUGCAGCCGUGCCGUCUGUUUGUGUUCGUGUGCCCCAUAGUCCCACCUAUGACUCUGGCGCCGGCACGCCCCUAAUUGAGAGGCAACACUUGCAACCGUUGUAUCCGUAUCCGCCACCGUCACCGUCACCAUCACCGCAACCGUAUCCGCAAAUGCAACAACUAACAUGUGACAGUGAUUAUACAACACUAUUUGUGCCCAGCGACACACCGACGGCUGUGAUAAUAUCGGACUCCAGGCAGAAUCUAAAGGACACAACGGUGAGCACAACGCAUUUACCGACGGCGGCGGCUGCGACGACGACGACAACAAUAACAACAACAUCGCUGGUGCUAGGAGGCGGCAGCGGGGCAGCUGGCAGCAGUGGGACGGGUGGCCAAAAUCAGGCCAGCUCCAGCAGCAGCGGCGGCGGCCUGGGCGUCGGCCUCAACAUGGGCACCUCGCUGAGCAUCACACCUGCCGCACUGACCACCACGGGCAAUCACCUGGACGUGCCGUUCGCCAACAAUCCCAAUCUGCUCAGUCCCGAUGUGCUCAAUCAGCGUAGAGGCAGUCGUCGACCCUCCAUAUUGCCCGUGCCGGAUAUGUUUACGUCCUCAUCGUUUAGCAUAGCCGGCAACGACGAUGGCGAGGAGGGCGAUGAGAGCGACGAUGAGAUUGACGACGAGAUGCCUUGGCGUUCGCCCUCAGAGAAAAUUGCUUGCUUGGGCGGUCACUUUCCACAAUCGCGCACCUAUUCGCUCAUCAUGAGCUCCUCGGAGGACUCGUAUCAGCAGCGUGGCAGCGCGCUGGGCGGCGCCAACUGUGGCUAUUGCAAUGCCAAUGCCGCCAAUGCGCCAGCAGCGCAGCCGCUGCCAGCGUCGCUACGCCGGCGCGCCAUGAAGAAGAGCUACAGCUGCGACAGCGAGUGCGCUCUGCCGUCUGGCCAGCGUUUGGGCUUGGACAUGGGCCUGGACAUGAGCCUGGGCCAGGGGCUGGCCGGUGGUCCGCUGGCAUUGCUGGCGGCGCGACGUCGCCAGUUGCAGCGCUGCUCCUGCUGCUACAGUUGCUCACGCGACAGCUGUGGCAGCAGCAGCACCACCACCGCCACCACCACCACCACAACGGCAGCGGCUGCCGGUCAGGCGCACUUUCACAGCCUAGCCCAGUGCCCGUUCCAAGCACCGCACCCGCCCCCGCCGCCGCCACCGCCUCCUGGCUGUGGCUUUACGUCGAGCAGCUCCGCAGAGACACGUCGCUUGGCGCGUCCGGUGUGGGCGGCCGACUAUUCCGGCAUUGUCAAAGGUUUUCCGCCAGUCUCGCCCUUCAUUGGGGUCAGUCCGACGCUUUGCUACCUGCUCAAAGAGAAGAAACCGCUAUGCUGUCUGCAGCUGGCACAGGUCUGUGAGCACUGCAGCUAUCGCAAUGCCAAGGAGUAUCAAUGGCAGAACAAGACCAUCAUUCUGGCUGCGGACUACGCCUCGAAUGGCAUUUACAACUUUAUCAUUCCACUGCGUGCUCAUUUCCGCUCGAAGACCUCACUGAAUCCGAUUAUUUUGCUGCUGGAGCGACGACCCGAUGUCGCCUUUCUCGAUGCACUUUCCUACUUUCCACUGGUUUAUUGGAUGCUGGGCUCUAUUGAUUGUCUGGAUGAUCUGCUGCGCGCUGGCAUUACGCUAGCCGAGAGUGUUGUGGUGGUCAACAAGGAGCUCUCCAACUCCGCCGAGGAGGAUUCACUCUCCGACUGCAAUACGAUAGUUGCUGUGCAAAAUAUGUUCAAAUUCUUUCCAAGCAUCAAGAGCAUCACGGAGCUGUCGCAGAGCUCGAAUAUGCGCUUCAUGCAGUUCCGGGCGCACGACAAGUACGCUCUGCAUCUCAGCAAAAUGGAGAAGCGCGAGAAGGAGCGCGGUUCGCAUAUCUCGUACAUGUUUCGUCUGCCCUUUGCCGCCGGCGCGGUCUUCAGUGCCUCCAUGCUGGACACGCUGCUCUAUCAGGCAUUUGUCAAGGACUAUGUGAUUACAUUUGUGCGACUCCUGCUGGGCAUUGAUCAGGCGCCAGGCAGCGGAUUUUUGACUUCGAUGCGCAUUACGAAAGAUGACAUGUGGAUACGCACCUAUGGGCGUCUGUAUCAGAAACUCUGCUCGACCACCUGCGAAAUUCCAAUUGGUAUCUAUCGCACGCAGGACACCUCCAAUGCGGAUACUUCACAUGUGAGUAACUCGCCGGUCGAGAGAUGGGGACCCUUCUCCGCCUUCAGCAGGCAUUGUGUGCGCUUGCGUCCAUCGUAUGAUGAGGAGACUGGCACGCCCGACUCCACCAAGGAUAGCUCGGAAAUGCUGCGAGGUGUUACAUAUCGUCCGCCGACAGCGGGUAGUGGUGGUAGUGGUAUUGGUGGUGGUGCAGGUGGUGGUGGUGGUGGCCGGCCGCGCCAGAAGUCAGUCAAUUGCCUGGGCGGCUGUUCGGAGCGUAAAGGAUCAUCCUAUUCCAUCAAUUUGGCUGACGAGGCACGCGAUAAUCACGCCCAGCAAAUCGAGCGAGCGGAAAUCGCGAAUCUGGUGCGCAGUCGCAUGGAGUCGCUCAAUUUGCCAACCAUCGACUACGACGAUGUCAGCGAGAAGCGCAAUCAUUUGUCCUAUGUGAUAAUCAAUCCAAGCUGUGAUCUUAAGCUGGAGGAGGGCGAUCUGAUCUAUUUGGUGCGCCCCUCACCGUUCUCGGCACAAAAGACCUUCGAGCGUCACAAUUCGCGCCGCAAGUCGAACAUUUCGUUCUGUUCGAACAUCAAUUUGGGCGCCACCUGUGGCCCGCAAAUGCCAAAUAUGAGCAACACCGCCGUCGGAGCUGGUUCGCGACGCGGCUCCGGCAUCGCCGGUUUGAACCCCAUGCAAAUGCAGAGCGUUCAGACAUUGGCCGGGUAUGGAUCAUCGCAGCGCUGUACGCCCCCGAUGCAGCAAAUUAAAUCGAAUUCUCUUUCUCUACCCGACAGUCCGACGGUGGUUGGCUCGCAGCGCGGCAGGAGUAACUCAUUGCGGAUCGAUAACGAUAUACUAUUGCGUCGCUCGUCCUCGCUGCGGCAGGGCUUGCCCAGCGUGGGCGUCAGCCAUGGUCGUCGCAAGUCCUCGCUGGAGGAGAUCGGCAUCAGUCACUUUACCACACUGAUGCAGGCCACCAAUCACAGCAAUCCCAUCAAGAUAUCACUCAAUGGCAGCAUUGGCAUGGAGAAUCAAAUCUCAUUGCAAGUGACGCCGCCCGAGGAGCCAACGCCCAUGUUGGGCGUGCCGUGUGUGCUGGGCGGCGGCGGUGUGGGCGGCAUUAAUCCGUCGGCACUGGGUGGCAGCUCUGGCGGUGGAGGCGGCGGCGGUGGUGGCAGCGGCGGUGGCGGUGGUGGUGGCGGCGGCGGUAGCAGCGGCGGCAUGCUGGGCGCCGGCUCCUCGCUGGCCAUAAAUACCGCAGAUCUGGGUCCCGGGCCGAGCACCUCGUCGGGCGCCUCGCUGCAGGCGCAGGACUCGCUGCCGCAGUCGUCGCAGGCUCCGUCGCCGCAGCAUUUGCAGGGCACGAUUGUAUGAUACAACCUGAUGUGGGGUCGCCGACUCCGCUCGUCCAUGUCCAAAAACAAAUGGAUAUAGAAUUCGGCCAGCACACACAGACGUCGAGACAAGUUCUAAAGGAGCUAGAACUGUCUCUGCUUAAAAUAAGGUCAAGCUGCUUAACCCUAGAAACAACCAAAAACUGAAAAA